CAUGUAUAAUUAAAAUAAUGAAAAGGCCGUCAAUUCUUUGUUUGAUUUAGUUGAUAAUGACUUUAUGGUCAAUUAUUUGAUGGAUCCCCCGUAAGUGAUUGAAUUUAAAUAAUUAGUCAUACAUUUCCAAGAACAAAUAGCAACUAAAAUUUUAUUGGAUUAUAAUAAAAUUUUUCAUUAUUGGACAAUUAAUAUGAGCAAAUGGAAAUGAAAUAGGAAGAGCCAUUAUUAGAUGAAAAAAAACAAAAAUAGAAAAAACGUAAAAGUCAAAAAAACAAUGUAAUGAAUUUAAAAAGGAAUAUAAUUAGUAAUCUGAACAAAUAAAACAGAAAGAUCCAUUUUAAUAUAAGAAUAAUUUAAAGAACACUUACAUUAAUAAGAUAACAAACUUGGUUUAAUAGGAUAGUUAGAAAUUGUUACAAUAACAAUAGGCAAAAUUUAGAGCAUCUGAGGAUGAUAGACAUGAUAAAAAUAAUAGUGUUUCUUAUUAAGAUAUAGAGGACAGCACUUAAGCAAAGUUAUUGAGAAAUAGAGAAUGUGCUAGGAAUUCAAGGAAGAGAAAGAAGAUUUAUAUUGAAUUGUUAGAACAUCGAGUGAAAUAAUUAAAUGAUGAACUUGAGAAAUAGAAAUUAUUAAAUAAGACUAGUGCAGGUUAUUUAAAUAAGAUGAGUUAGAAUCAAUAAGUAUUUAUUAGUAUUAUAUUUUUAUAUAGUUAUAAGGAUUCUUUUUGGGAAGGCAGUAAUUAUAUGAGAAAUUAGAAAAAUCAAUAUAAAAUAAAGCAGAUGAUAAUGAAUUAAAUUUAUUAUUAGAUUCUAUGAGAUUUAGAGUUGGAGGUGGUGGAAAAGAAAGAGUGAGUGCUUCCAAUUACUUUUUUAAUUAAAUAUUGGAAAUUUGUUUUCCUGUCCAUGUUCGAUAUAUGCUAUGGGCUGCUAGUGAAAGCAAAGAUUUAUUUGCUGAUUAAUAAGAUUAAUAAUAAAUCGAAGGAUAACCUUAAUGGUUAUUGGAUUUAACGAAUGAUUUAUAGAUAAAUGAAUCUUAAAAAAAAUAAAUGAAAAAAUCUUAAAGAAGAAUUAUAAGUGAUAAGAAUAAACUAUUAGAGUAAUUUUAUAGUAUUCAUUUAUUGUAGAAUUUUAACAUCAUUCCAAGAAAUUAAAGAAUAAUUAUAUAAUAAAACAUCAUAAGUGGAGAAUUUUAUAGAUGAACUAAGAAAUAUUUUAAAUCCUACUUAAGUUGGCAAAUUUUUAAUUGGUCUAGAAAAAGUAUAAUUAUAUUUAAUAGAAUAGAAUAAAUUUAGAAGAGAAAUGGCAAUAUCUAAGAUUUGGAAUAUAUUUGAUGAUCAUAGUGAAGAUGAAGAUGGAGACGUUGAAGUUAAAGAAGAAGAUUCCGUCGAAGAACCACCGAGAAAAAAAGUUUAAAUUUGAAAUUUAUUAUGUUAAAUGUCUC